CAUGCGUAAACUCUGUUCAAGAAGGGAUCAAGUUUGAGUGGGAAAAAAAGUCGCUCUGUCUUUAAAUAGACCUCAGCCACUUCCAGUCUGUCAGAGCAGCAGCAGCAGCAGCAGCAGCACCACGGCAGCAUCAUGUCGGACACUCGGCAGGGUCUGGUCUACAUGAUCACCGGAGGCUGCGGCUUCCUGGGCAAACACCUGCUCACACUCUUACUGGAGAAGGAGGACAACGUGGACGAGAUCCGUGUUUUUGACAAAAACGUGGACACAAGUUUGAACGGACUCAGCACAGAGCAGACUAAGGUGGUGGUCAUCCAGGGGGACAUAACAGACUACAGCAGCGUGCUGGCAGCCUGCCGUGGAGCAGACGUGGUCGUCCAUAUGGCCAGCCUGGUCGAUGUAUGGCACAGAGUCUCCGACACACUCAUCCAUUCAGUCAAUGUCACAGGGACAGAGAAUGUUAUCAAUGCCUGUGUGGAAUGUGACAUCCAGAGUCUUGUCUACACCAGCAGUAUGGAAGUUAUUGGGCCUAAUGUCAACGGAGACCACUUUGUCAGGGGCAAUGAAGACACAGCUUACCUUGUGAGCCAUGCCAUGGCUUAUCCCAAGAGCAAAGCACAGGCAGAGAAAAUUGUGCUGAUGGCGAAUGGCAGACAGCUGAAAGGUGGGAAGUGUUUAUACACAUGCAGUCUGAGGCCAACAGGGAUCUAUGGUGAAGGACAUGAACUUUUCAGGGAGUUCUACCAACAGGCUGCAGACAAUAAAGGCCUGGUUUACAAUGGUAUCCCAGACUCUACUGAGCACGGGCGAGUCUACGCAGGCAACGUGGCCUGGAUGCACGUAUUAGCAGCCCGCGCCCUGAGGGAGCGCCCACAAGCCCUGGCAGGGGAGACGUUUUUCUGUUACGAUGACUCACCCUAUCAGAGCUACACCAAUUUCAACAUGCAGUUCCUCACUUCAUUUAACUUCAGAAUGGUUCACAUCCCUUUUUUUGUGAUCUGGCUGUUAGCCAUGAUCAAUGAUCUACUUCGUUGGACAUUGAGCCCCUUUUAUAAUUACACCCCACUGCUGAAUUGCUACACCUUUGCUGUAGCUUCUACCUCCUUCACGGUGAAAACAGACAAAGCCGAACGUUACUUCCAGUAUCGGCCGUUAUAUAACUGGGACCAGUGUCGAGACCGCACACAGGAAUGGAUUAAUACGUUCCCUCAGAGUAAAGGGAAAGACUCUUGAUGUGACCUCAGCUGCUGAAACACACAUCCGAUGUUUUUUUCUUGCUUUUUUUGUACUAAGUAAGCUAAGUAAAUAAAUGAAGGAAGUAAACAUAUUUCAAGUAUUUGCAGAUAACACAGCUGAAGUAAACUGAAAAUAUAUUCUCUUGGAUAGGAACAUUGGACCAUGUCAGGCCAGUGUGUAGAUGAAUGGCACUUAGGAGUAUAGAAGUUUUGGAUUAGUGUUUGUAAGACAGGUUGUGUCCUUCUCUUUCUCCUCUGCAGAGGGUGCAAUAAUUCAUGCUGCUGGGUCCAAAGCAUUUCCUCAAGAACAAUUACUGUAACACAUUUAGCAUUUGAGACUCGCGAUUCCCCACUGGUUAAGAGAGAGAGACCAAGAAAAUACUUAAUCCACCUUUACGUAUUAGUGAGAGAAGAAAAGUCUUAAUUUGACGUAUGACACGUUGACUGUUGUUGACUGUGUGACAAAAGCACUUGGUAUCAUUAACAUAGAGGCUGUCUUUAUUAGAUGUAUUAUUUGUCCUCGUGGAGAAUAUUCUUCACAGCAUGACAACAACACACACACAAAAAACAUGUCCGACACUUCUUAUGUUUACUUCAUACUUUGUACCGAUUUUACAAUUUUAUGCAAUUACAACAAUUUUGCUCAGCUGCUCAAAUAUGCUAUUAUAUUUUAAAUUAUUCAUUAAUUAUUAUACAAUUAUGGAAAUUGUAUCACAGAAUUUCUCAAAUGUUACUAUAUGUUUUAUAAAAUCAAUUAUCACCAAUGUAAACAGUUAAUAAGCAGUUAUUAGAUGUCUGGAUCUACAAAGAGUACUACACUAAUACAGUUUUAAACAAUGGAUGUAACAUUUUUACAUAAUAAAGACUGGAUUUCUUCUAA